AAAACAAAAGAUUUUUAAAAUAUAAUAGGAAUUUAAAAAAAAUUGCACUAAUUAGCGAUGGGUAAUCAACAAGGUGCAAUGCCGCGUGAGCGACACAAGUCAGGCUCGCAAGACCUAAUUCCAGGAUCUCCAAUUAGAGACGGACAAGCAUUUGUUUUUGAUAAGCGACCAAUUAAUUCCAAUCGUUUGACUGUUGAAGAUGACGAUUCACUUUAUUCGAGAUCGCUGCCGCACGAAAAUGAGUUUCCAAUUCGAGUGCAAAGACAAAGAGCAAACACUUUAAGCGAAGGACAUGUUGGCACACCAGUACAGCCUGAAAUGAUUGAAAUUCAAAAAUCCGCCUUACCGACAGUCUUCAAAUGGGAAGGUGGUGGCAAGCAAGUAUACAUAAGUGGAACGUUUAGCAAUUGGAAGGCCUUACCGAUGGUAAAAUCUCACGGUGAUUUUGUUACUAUUGUUGAUGUCCCGGAAGGCGAACAUCAAUUUAAAUUCUUUGUUGAUGGCGAGUGGAAGCAUGAUCCUAAAAUGAAAAACAUCGAAAAUGACGUCGGAAGUCGCAACAACAUGUUAAGCGUACGUAAAAGUGACUUUGAAGUGUUCCAAGCACUCGCAAAAGACUCUGAAGAUACAGGGAAUUCAGAAGCAAAAGAGUACUCGCAGGAUAUCCCACAAAUUAAGCCAUGGGAGAAAGUCAAUGGACCUCCAAUCCUUCCACCACAUCUUCUUCAAGUUAUAUUGAAUAAGGACACGCCAUUAUCAUGCGAGCCAUGCUUACUUCCCGAACCGAAUCACGUCAUGUUGAAUCACUUGUAUGCAUUAAGUAUUAAAGAUUCAGUUAUGGUCUUGUCAGCAUCUCAUCGUUAUCGCAAAAAAUACGUCACAACGUUGCUUUAUAAGCCAAUUUAAGGCAGCGUGAAUAAUUUUGUGGGGAAAAAAGAAUUCAAUUACUAGAUAUGCUGUCAUGUGAUUUGUGUAUAUUGUGCUGACUAUUUUGGGGCUUCAUAGAAGAGAUAACAAGUCACUUUAUUUUUUAUGUUCUAACAACUUUUCUUCUUC